AUGAGCCACAGAAUGGAGUAUCCUUCGGGUUCUCCGCAUAGGGGAGCUCAAGCUGAGUAUUCCCGCUAUCAACCCAAACUGACUGGAUCCCCUUCUGCGUCCAGGACCGUUGGCUUUGAGUCGACUACCGCAUCUAUGAACAGAGGAUAUGCGACAACGCUGAAGAACGAAUUCGGAUCCGUUCCGGAGAGCUUUUUUGAUUUCUCAAACCAAUUUACCGGGGUGUUGACGAAAAUGAAUGAGAAAGAACUGCUCCAUGGGCUGAACGACCGUUUCGCCGGAUUCAUAGAGAAGGUGCGUCAUUUGGAGCAUCAAAAUGAAUUGCUCGAGAGGGAAAUCGAGGAAAUCAAACAGAAGGCACAGUCCCCUGCGUCUCUGGCCCAGGAGCACGAGCCGGAGCUUAUGGAUCUGAGGAAACGAGUUAAUGACAUCACCCUUCAGAAGCGUCAGAUCGAGAUAGAGCAUCAGAACCUGGAGGAAGAUUUCCUCACCUUGAGAGACAAGUACGAGCAGGAGGCGCGUGACCGCUCGGAUGCAGAGAACGGCAUCCUUGUGCUGAAAAAGGACGCCAACGAUGCAUACCUCGCCAAACUUGAGUUGGACAAGAAAGCGCAGUCUCUAGUGGACGAGAUCCACUUCCUGAAGAAGAACCAUGAGGACGAGGUAUCGGAGAUGGUGGCCAAGAUCCAAGAGGCUCAGGUAACGGUCAAGGCGCACGACUUUGGCAAACCCGAAAUCACUGCGGCUCUCCGGGACAUCCGUGCACAGUUAGAAGGUCACGCUGCCUCCGACAUUCAGCAGGCGGAGGAGGGCUUCCGUGUCCAGUUCGCAAAGUUAACCAAAGCGGCAGAGAGCAACAGAGAGGCGCUGAAGGCGACCCAGCAGGAGAUCCAGGAGAAUAGAAGGUGCCUGCAGGGAAAAAAUAUUGAACUGGACUGCGGGAAUGGAACGAGAGAGGCCCUGGAAAAACAACUACACGAGUUGGAAGAGCGUCACUAUGCGGAAAUGAUUCAUUACCAGGUAGGCUGUGGUUUAUUUUGUACCUCUAAUCAUUGUAAAUAAACAUACGCAUUUUUAUGAUUCAUAUUUGUAUUCAGGCCUAUGUUGUGGGUGUCGGCCACAAAAAUAGGCCCCAUGUGAACUAUACCAUUAUUGGAAUAUAAUUUCCUCAUAUAGGCCUAAAGGGGUAGAACAUUAUUCCCCCCCCCCCCCUAAAUUUCUCCCUGUUGUCAUACCAACCAAAGUGGCUGGUGGACACUAUUAUUGACUCUAUUUGUGUGCUGUUCUGUCCAGGACACUAUCAGGCAGCUGGAGAAUGAGCUGACCAAUGCUAAACUAGACAUGUCUGGCUACCUGAGAGAGUACCAGGACCUGCUGAAUGUCAAAAUGGCUUUAGAUGUGGAGAUUCUCUCUUACAGGUAAGAGACAUCAACUCCAUCUCUCCCAUAUAUAAUAUCAUUGACUGAGGAAAAUACCAUAUAUUUUAUAGUGUGUUCCUGGAUCUUUUUCUGAGGAUAACCAAGGGGUGUGCAUUUUAUUCUAGCCCAGCACUAACACAUCUGAUUAAACUUAGUGCUGGGUUAGAGCAAAACUGUGCAAAAGUGUCAUAGUGAAGUGAGGGAUUACUACAAAACACAGUAAAUAGUGAACAAUGAAGAAAGACCAAUCAAAUUAAACAGUGGACAUUUUAUUGAAAUAGUUUGAUUUCAUAUUUAACCUCAAAUGACCACAGACCAUAUCACAACACAGAAUGACACUUUAAUCAUAAUAUGGAUAAUCAGACACAUCCACACACAUUGGUAGCGUCGCAAGCCGCCUGAUCUGGCGAGCUCACAUGGAUGUGCACAGCGGUGAUCAGUCUGGUAUUUACGAGGCUAACACAUUGGGACAUAUCCAUAUUAUAGUCAUGACGGUAAUAACAGGUCUUUCUGUCUCCCUAUAGGAAACUCCUGGAGGGUGAGGAGUCCCGUCUGUACACCAUCUCUGACACCCACAUCUCCAUGCCCUGCAUCUACAACCAGCCCCCCGUCUACACCCUGCCUUGCCUGGCCCGGAAGGGAGGUCCCACACGCAGAUCUGUGCCCCAGUACAAGUUUGUAGAGGAGAUCAUAACUGAGACCACCAGAGAGGUGGAGAUGUCAGAGAUCGAGGAGACAGGCUCCGAGGAGACAGGCUCCGAGGAGACGGUCGGGGGACAGGGAGAGGAGCUGAGACAGAAGCAGGGAGAAGAGCGUGAUAAAGCUGAUAGGAGGAGUGGGGAAGAGGAGGAUGAAGAGAAAGAGAAAGAUGGAAGUAAAGUGGAUCUUGAAGUGGACGCCCCAGAGGAAAAGGGUGAACAGGAGGAAGAGUCUAAGAGACAGCAGAUGGAAACAUCAGCAGAGGUAGCGAUGAAUGGAGAUGGAGUUAACCCUAGCGAGGGAGAAGAUGGAGAGGAAGGAGAUGACGAAAGAGAGGAGGAAAAGGGGGAUGAGCCAGAUGAAGUAAAAAAGACAGAGGACAUUGACAGAGGUGAAAAAACACCAAGUGAAGUCAAAUCAGCUGAGGCCACCCUUAAGGGAGAGAAUGAAAAACUGGACACAACCGAGGAGCUAGACACCAAGAAAAAGGAGACAUUAGAAAAAGAUGACGCCCCAAAACAUGACGAGUCCAAACCAGAGGUUCCCAUGAACGGUGACAGCUCAACAGAACCCAAAACAGGAAGUUCAAUAAAGGGUGAACCACAGGUCCCCAUGGAGGACAUCUCCAAAGAAUCCAAAAAGGUGUCAGAGGAGAGAAAAAAAGGAAGUCAUUUAAAAGAGAAAAAAGAGAUAGAUCUGAAAGAGGAGAGUGCCUCAACAGAGCAACAGCAGGAUAGCCCAAAAGAAAGUCCCAUCAAAGAGAGAAAAGAGGUAGAUAUGACAGAGCAGAGUGCCCCAACACUGGAGCAGAAACGUGAUCAGAAGGAGCACAGAGAGUCAGACCAACCUCAAGAGGUAGAGAGUGCUGUGACAACACAAGAAGCAGAGUGCAAUGUGAGAACACAAGAAGAGGAUCUCCCUGAGACCACAGAGAAGGGCAUGGAAUCCCCUGAUAUCACUGCAGAGCUGAAGAGCAGUUCAACCAAAGCGGCAGUGGAGCAGGUGAAGUCACCAGAUGAUUCUGGUGUAAAAACGACACAGGAUGACACAACAGUAGGAAGUAAAAUUCCAGACGGAAUUCCCAGCACAACAAGUGAGUGUAAGGAAGAGCCUGUGCCAAAGAAUCCUGAAAAGGAGGUGGGUCCGAAAGAGCCAAACGUGGGCAACAAGGAUGAUAGUGUAAAAAAGGUUGAGCUGAAUGAAUCGAAUGGCAGUGAAAAGUUCACAAAAGAUGUCUCAACAGCUGAGGAAAAAGUGAAAAAAUCUGAGACAUCCCCUAAACCAGACAAAACCGUCACCCCAAAAGAAGAAACAUCCCCUAAACCAGAUCCCACUUUCACACCUAAAAAGGAUACAUCCCCAAAACCAGACCCCACUGUCACCCCUAAAGAAGAAAUAUCCUCUAAACCAGACCCCACUGUCACCCCUAAAGAAGAAACAUCCCCUAAACCUGACCCCACUGUCACCCCUAAAGAGGAGAUCUCCCAUAAACCAGACCCCACUAUCACCCCUAAAGAACAAACAUCCCCUAAACCAGACCCUACUGUCACCCCUAAAGAACAAAUAUCCUCUAAACCAGACCCAACUGUCACCCCUAAAGAGGAAACAUCCCCUAAACCUGACCCCACUGUCACCCCUAAAGAGGAGAUCUCCCAUAAACCAGACCCCACUAUCACCCCUAAAGAACAAACAUCCCCUAAACCAGACCCUACUGUCACCCCUAAAGAACAAAUAUCCUCUAAACCAGACCCAACUGUCACCCCUAAAGAGGAAACAUCCCCUAAACCAGACCCCACUGUCACUCCUAAAGAUGAAAUAUCCUCUAAACCAGACCCCAAUGUUGCCCCUAAAGAUGAAAUAUCUUCUAUACCAGACCCCACUGUCACCCCUGAAGAAGAAACUUCCCCGAAACUAGACCCCACUGUCACCCCUAAAGAACAAACAUCCCCUAAACCAGACCCCACUGUCACCCCUAAAGAGGAGACAUCCCCAAAACCAGACCCCACUGUCACCCCUAAAGAAGAAAUAUCCUCUAAACAAGACCCCACUGUCACCCCUAAAGAGGAGACAUCCCCUAAACCAGACCCCACUGUCACCCCUAAAGAGGAGACAUCCCCUAAACCAGACGCCACUGUCACCCCUAAAGAACAAAUAUCCUCUAAACCAGACCCCACUGUCACCCCUAAAGAGGAGACAUCCCCUAAACCAGACCCCACUGUCACCCCUAAAGAAGAAACAUCCCCUAAACCUGACCCCACUGUCACCCCUAAAGAGGAGAUCUCCCAUAAACCAGACCCCACUAUCACCCCUAAAGAACAAACAUCCCCUAAACCAGACCCCACUGUCACCCCUAAAGAGGAGACUUCCCCUAAACCAGACCCCACUGUCACCCCUAAAGAACAAAUAUCCUCUAAACCAGACCCAACUGUCACUCCUAAAGAUGAAAUAUCCUCUAAACCAGACCCCAAUGUUGCCCCUAAAGAUGAAAUAUCUUCUAUACCAGACCCCACUGUCACCCCUGAAGAAGAAACAUCCCCUAAACCAGACCCCACUGUCACCCCUAAAGAAGAAACAUCCCAUAAACCAGACCCCACUGUCACCCCUGAAGAGGAGGCAUCCCCUAAACCAGACCCCACUGUCACCCCUAAAGAAGAAACAUCCCCUAAACCAGACCCCACUGUCACCCCUAAAGAGGAGACAUACCCUAAACCAGACCCCUCUGUCUACCCUAAAGAAGAAACAUCCCAUAAACCAGACUCCACUGUCACCCCUAAAGAAGAAACAUCCCCUAAACCAGACCCCACUGUCACCCCUAAAGAAGGAACAUCCCCUAAACCAGACCCCACUGUCACCCCAGAAUCAACAACCUCCCCUAAACCAGACUCAACCCUCACCCCAGAAUCAACAACCACCCCUAAACCAGACUCAACUCUCACCCCAGAAUCAACAACCACCCCUAAACCAGACUCAAGCCUCACCCCAGAAUCAACGACCACCCCUAAACCAGACUCAAGCCUCACCCCAGAAUCAACGACCACCCCUACAGAAGAGAGUGAAAAGAUCAGCAGUGGUGACAAAGCUAAGACAAUCACACCACCAGAGAAACAGGUGUCUGCAGUUGCAGAGAGCAUGGAUUCACACAGGAAGGCGCCAGAGAGCAACACAACUCAGGAGAAACCAGAGGAAAGUAUGGCCAAAGAGCCUGAGAAGGUUACAGAUCCCAAAGAUGAAACCCCAAAGACAGAGAACGUGAGACCAAGUCCUCUGAGUUAAAACCUGAACAUGUGGAGAUAUCUAUUACAAAGACAUCUCCAGUGAAAGAACAGGAUGUAUCAGACGUAGGUUUGAAAGAGAAAACAGUUGAUGGGAAGAUAACAGAACAGGCGCAAUUUAAAAUAGACGAGAACGGCUUUACAGGAGGUGAUGGAGAGAGCAAAGAUGACAAAACUUUGAAGAAGACAACAGGACAAGAUGCUGAGCCAAUCGCAGAGAUGCAAGCUAAACCUAAAACUUGGGACUUAACCUCUUUUUAG